AUGAUGCACGCGUUGUGUUUGGUUAUUUAUUGGUUUGUUUGUGUGUUCAGCUAUGUUGAAGCAGCUGAGGCCGGUGGGUCACCAACGGUAGUGACCCCAUCGGGCACUAUACUGGGGUCCUUAAUGACGUCACGCCGUGGCCGUCCCAUACACGCCUUCCGGGGCAUUCGCUAUGCGGAGCCACCCAUCGGAGAACUGCGGUUCAGACUGCCAGUAUUAAUAACAAAAUAUAAGGAAGAAGUUAACGCGACAGCGGAAGGUCCCGCGUGUCCACAAGAUGCUGACCCAGGGUACUUCCUUGACGAAGACUGUCUGAAACUAAACGUGUACAAACCGGGAAACAGAAAUAGCACUUCCCUUUUACCCGUUGUGGUGUACAUCCACGCUGGAGGGUACUACUCAGUAUCCGGAAGAUCAGACGUCGCUGGGCCUCACUAUUUACUUGACAAGGAUCUGCUCCUUGUUACCAUUAACUAUCGCCUGGGUUCAUUGGGAUUUCUAAGUACAGGCGAUGAAGAGGCUCCUGGCAACAACGGCUUUAAGGACCAGGUGACGGCCCUUCGUUGGGUGAAGCGGAACAUUGAAUCAUUUGGUGGUGACCCCAAUUGCGUGACGCUGGCGGGUUAUAGUGCCGGAGGAAUGAGUGUCGCAUUACACACUGUAUCGCCUAUGUCUAAAGGUUUGUUUCAUCGGGCAAUUUCCAUGAGCGGCUCCCCUUUCUCCCAAAUACCUCGGAGCCAGGAACUCUUGUCGCUAGCCUUGCGUCAGGCGCGUCUAGUCGAUUGUCCUCACUCCUCCACGAGAGCUAUUGUCGACUGUCUCAGAACCGUUCCUUGGAGAAAACUUGGGGACUCACUUAAAGGAUUUAGGGAUUUCUCAAUCGACCCAAUAAUAAUCUGGAGACCAGUGAUCGAGAGAGACUUUGGCCAGGAGCGGUUCUUGACUGAGGAUGCGAUGGUCAGCAUCAGGGAGGGGAGGAUCAGCUCGGUUCCUUUCAUUGUCAGUCAGACAAGAGACGAAUUCUUCUGGGAGGCUUUCUUGGUACUGGAUAACUUCAUAUACACGUCCCUGAUCAACUCUGAUUGGUACCGAGUGUCGCCAAUUGCGUUCAUGCUGCCGUCGCCCUCCGACGACGCCGCUGCCGUUCUCAGAGAGGCUUACGCCGGCUCCACAUGUGGGUCCCAACGCUCGUACCAACGUUGGACUGCAAACUCGAUUCCUUUGAUGAAACCGACACGAGCCGGCCAACUACCAACACUCGCCCCAACGUUGGGACCAAUGCCAUUUUCUAGAUCCACACGUUGGACGAAUAGCGUUGAGGCCAAUAUUGGGGCCAACGUGUGGAGCCGGCCUUAUGUGGGAAAUCAAUCCCUCGAGAACAACACGGAAGAUGCCCGAAAUCUAGGGAAGUUGUAUGGAGACGCAGUCAUCGGCUUUGGGGUUCACAGGUUGGUGAAUUUACUGUCGUAUCAGUCCCAGCCGACUUACCGCUUCGUGUUCGAAUACAUGGGCAAUCGCAGCCACUACGAGGACCCUGCCACCAGAAAACCUGUGGGUGUGGCCCACCACGAUGAGCUGAUUUAUCUGUUCUCUCUCCGAGUGGCAUUUGAAGACAUCCCACUAUCACCUUCUCACGACUCUGUCAUGGUGGACAAGUUGACUACUAUUGUCUACAACUUUGCACGUACGGGUGACCCGAACCCUCUCUGGGGUACUUCUCCCCCCACAUGGGUACCCUUUACCCCCUCCAACGGGACUCAUCUCUCUAUCUCGGAACAAUACACAUUAGGACAAGAUUGGUAUAAAGAGAGAUAUCGAAUUUGGGAACAACUCUACCCUUUAGAUUAUAGUUUAGCUUCAUUGUAA